CAAAUAAAAUCUGCUUAGCAUUUUAGCCAUUGAAGAGAGAGAGAGAGAGAAUGGAAAACAUCACAGCAAGUGAAAUAGCAGGUCUUGGUGUAGGCACCUUCCUCCUUUGUGCCACCAUUGCCGCCCCUAAAGUUGAUUCCUUUAUCUCCUCUUCCCAAAGAAGUUCAUUGAAAAUGUGCAACCGAUGUGGGGAUGUAAAACUGAUAGCUUGCAAAAAAUGUAAAGGAUCCGGGGCAGUUAAACCGGGUGGUUUAUUUGGAUUGAGUAAUCCAAUGGAAGAUUUAUUUCCGGGUCGAUUCGAAUCGAAUGAGGGUUCCAUUUCUUGUGUUAAUUGUGGAGCUAAGGGUCAUUUUCCCUGCCCUCAAUGUUACCAAAGUUCGUCCUCAUCUUCUGAGCAGUAAUAAGAUGACGUACAAUUGCAAUUGCAAUUGCAAUUGAUACUAAUGUAAAUGUUAAUAGUUGGCAAAGAUAUUACUCCAAUGUUUGUACCUUCAUUUGAGUUAGAAGAUGUUUUUUACCUUUUUUAAUACACUAUUGCCCGUACAAGUAUGUUUUUAGAUGGGAAAAUGUAGCAACUGGACACUUCAACUUGUGUGAGACGUGCAAUUUAAUGACAUCGUGUAAGAUUAAUGUCUUUA